AUGGCAAAGGUCGAGUUUAGCUGUGUCGAAGAACACUACUUGAAGCGUGAGCUCUUGCGGCUGGAGCUGAACAACGAGUUUGAGGGACUUAAUGACGCACUUGCAUUGCGACGUUUUGGACAUCCUUUCACAGCAGAUGACCCCAGAGAGUUUGCCCACAACAACAACAACAACAGCAGUAAGGGUCUCAAGAAACUGAGGCGGAUUUCCGGUUCCAGCGAGAAGAAACAAGAUGAGGAGGAGGACGCAGAAAAGAAGGCCAAGGCACAAUUUGCAAGCGAGUUCCCAGUGCUCAACCAUUUCUUGCGCAACUUCGUGAUGACGUUCCCGCUGCUCGCGCCGGAAAUGGUGCGCGACCCGUUGUUCUGGCAGUCGAAGGUGCAGCUGUUCUUCGAGCACUUCAUGUCGUUGCCCUUCAGCGGCAGCUUCGACAGAGAGGAGCUCACGAAGCGCAAGAAAAUGGGAUUGAAGUUGUCCAAGGGCAUCCUAUUGUUCUACAACUCGGGGCUUGCCGUGUCGAACGAACACCAGUACUACGAAGAAGAAAAGUACAAGAUCUCAAACAAGGACUCGACAAAGGCGACAAAGCUCAACAAGUUCAGCAUGCCCACCAGGGAGUCCUUGCGCUACCUCUUGACCAACGAACCGGUGUACUUCAACGGCAUCGACAUCAACAUCGUCGCCGUCGUCGGCAGGCACAUGCUCUUCCCUACAGAGAAGAAGCACCACGCGUCCUCCUCCUCCUCCUUCUCCUCUUCAACCAAACACAUCGCUUCCAGAUGGAUGAAGUCCAACUUGGGGCUCGACUUGUCGAAAAUCUACUACCCGAUGGACUCCGGAGCUUCCAAAAACAAAAAACACCACUACUACUUUAUCAUCCGCGUCAGGAAACAGGACCCCCAGAUGGAAUUCUACAUGUACAGGCCGUACGACGAGUUCAAGAAGUUGGCCAAGGACUUGAAAACAACAUACCCGGGCAAAAAGCUUCCCCAGCUUCCCCACAAAAACAAGAUCAAGGCAUCUUUGAAGCAACAGGAAAGGACUACCCGUCCAGCUCCAGCUUCUAACCACCAGACAGAUGACGACCCAGACGAGAUAGAAUACGAAGAGUUCGACGAUGAUGGCUUGGACUCCGCCGGCACCAGCGCCGCCCAGGUAAACACACUUCCCCGUGAAAGAAUGAGAACAUCCCUAAGGCAGUACCUCAGAUCCUUGUGCCAGGAUAAAGAAGUCGCAACAGGAAUCCCCUUGAAAAAAUUCUUGUUUGGUAACACAGGGCGCAUCCAAAAAGAGGACUUCUCAGAAGAGAUACGGAAGGACAUCAAGAAUCGUGAAUUCGUUGACCUGACCAACGUCGAACGUCAAAUCGAAUUUCAAAAGAUGGCCUUCGAAAGGUCUCUCAAAUUACAAGAAUCGUUGAAAGAGUUUAAAACCUCCUUGCUUAAGGACCAAGAUGUCCUCCUCGACCUCUUCAGAGAGUUUAAAGAAAAAGAUAGCCCAACAGAUUUGUCCCCAUUGUUAAGAGACUUUUUCGACUGGUGUAAAAUAUACAUCUCGGCCACAGUUUAUCAACUGUUUUUGGGUAGUGAUUCCGGCUAUGAGCUCUACAAGCAAGUAAGAAGACUUCACAAAUUGAUGCCCUACACCAUUAUGACCCAGAUAUUACGAUUUACAAACCCCAUUUCUAUAAUGAAAGGAAUGAUGGAUCUGUUUAUGGCUCAGCCUUUUGGUGGACAAUCGCUGUUGCAAACUAUGUUCUCCACUAUUUUGGCAGACGAUUUGAAAAGUCAGAAUAAAGUGAUCGAAGAAUUGGACUUGCUAAUCAGAAACAGUAAUGAGUAUGGCUAUGAAAUAUCCACGUUUUUCAAAGAGGUGGUUUUCAAUGACAAUAAUCGAACUAUAAUUGAUAUGGAUGCCGUGCAUAAAGAUGUCAAACUGACUGGUUUGCCCAUAGCUAUUGUUGUUACUAUGAAAGGUACGGAAUUGGGGCGUGUUUCAGCUAAUGCUCUGGCAGAACUAAUGGAAUCUUAUUCGCAUUGGAAGAAGGAGCAACAGAAUAAUGUUGAGUUAGUAGAGGUAAAGAGCGAAGAAUCUUUGAGCAAUUCCGCUGUUACAUACUUCACAAGAGUGAAGGAGUACUUCCAACUUUUGGUUAAAGAACGUGACAAGAGGUUGAUGAGACAGCUGUGGGAAGAUCCGGAACUUUCCCAAUUGAUUAAAGCUUCAGUAGCGUUAUUCUAUGAUCCUAUGAUUAGGGUUUUCAAAGUUGCUCGGAUGGAUAUAGCCUUUAGAAACUUUGAGAGCUUCAUGGAUGAUCUUAUUGUACUACUUGACGCUACCAUAGAUGGUAAUAAAGGUUCAGUAACAGCUACCGAUAUCGUAAGUGGUAUCAACGGCUUGAUUAAUAAACACGAGGCAUCAUUUUAUCAGUUUGCCCACGAUAUAUACGUUAAUGACACCCAAGGUAUUUUUGAAGGAAUAAUAACAUGGCUUUGCUCCAUAUUAAACUUUUUACAACAGAGUAAAUUUGGUGACCCAAAGAAUGCUUUGGAUCUAGGCCUAUUAGUGAGCCAAUCUGAUGUAGAUCCGGUUCUAUUAAAAGACCAACUUUCAAAGGUAAUUGAUAAACGGUUGAAGAGUAGAGAGAUAUAUAGCCAGUUGGUUAAAAGUAAAACUGAAAGGGAAAGUAUCAAAAAGGUAACUGGGAAACCUUCUGACGAAAAUGUGAAAGAUUUGAUUGAUAAACAAUGGAAACAACUAAACAACGCCGUUGUGCUAAAUGAAGCACCUGACUUCAAUUUAAAUGACGCAGAUCUAGUUGAUCUUGAUUUAGAUGUUAAGGACUACGAUUACUUACAAUCGAAUGAAACCGACGAGCUCGAACAAAAAUAUAAGGCGGUUCUAGAUGAACAAGUUAGUAUUACUGAAAUAGAAAAAUUCUUGAAACUAACUUUCAAGCCAAAGUUGAACGAAAUAUUCGAUGUCUAA